GCCGCGCCGCGAGCUAGGACCCUUUCUCUGCCUCCGCUUCCUCUUGCACCGGCGCUCCUUUCUGGAAGGUUCUUGACGGCAGUGUAACCGACCGUUAAUCCGCAACCCACGAGAAUCCGUGUCCAUCCGUCCUUGCUGAGGCCGCGCAGAUUUAGUUAAAUUUGCCAUGCCGGAGAACGUGGCACCCCGGAGUGGGGUCCCUGCUGGGACUGCUGGCGGCCGCGGGAAAAGCGCCUAUCAGGACCGUGACAAGCCGGCCCAGAUCCGCUUCAGCAACAUUUCGGCCGCCAAAGCUGUUGCUGAUGCUAUUAGAACAAGCCUUGGCCCUAAAGGAAUGGAUAAAAUGAUUCAAGAUGGAAAAGGUGAUGUGACCAUUACAAAUGAUGGUGCUACCAUUCUGAAACAAAUGCAAGUGUUACAUCCAGCAGCCAGAAUGCUGGUGGAACUGUCUAAGGCUCAAGAUAUAGAAGCAGGAGAUGGCACCACAUCAGUGGUCAUCAUUGCUGGCUCCCUCUUAGAUUCCUGUACUAAGCUUCUUCAGAAAGGGAUUCAUCCAACCAUCAUUUCUGAGUCAUUCCAGAAGGCUUUGGAAAAGGGUCUUGAAAUCUUGACUGACAUGUCUCGGCCUGUGGAACUGAGUGAUAGAGAAACUUUGUUAAAUAGUGCAACCACUUCAUUGAACUCAAAGGUGGUCUCCCAGUAUUCAAGUCUGCUUUCUCCAAUGAGUGUAAAUGCAGUAAUGAAAGUGAUUGACCCUGCCACGGCUACUGGUGUAGAUCUUAGAGAUAUCAAAAUAGUUAAGAAGCUUGGUGGGACAAUUGAUGACUGUGAGUUGGUGGAAGGGCUAGUUCUUAACCAAAAAGUGGCAAAUUCCGGCAUAACCAGAGUUGAAAAGGCUAAGAUUGGGCUCAUUCAGUUUUGCUUAUCUGCUCCCAAAACAGAUAUGGAUAAUCAAAUAGUAGUUUCUGACUAUGCCCAGAUGGACCGAGUGCUGCGAGAAGAACGAGCCUAUAUUUUAAAUUUAGUGAAGCAAAUUAAAAAAACAGGGUGUAAUGUCCUUCUAAUACAGAAGUCUAUCCUAAGAGAUGCUCUUAGUGAUCUUGCGUUACAUUUUCUGAACAAGAUGAAGAUUAUGGUGGUUAAGGAUAUUGAAAGAGAAGACAUUGAAUUCAUUUGUAAGACAAUUGGAACCAAGCCAGUUGCUCAUAUUGACCAAUUCACUGCUGACAUGCUAGGUUCUGCUGAGUUAGCUGAGGAGGUUAAUUUAAAUGGUUCUGGCAAACUGCUGAAGAUUAUCGGCUGUGCAAGCACUGGAAAAACAGUUACAAUUGUUGUUCGUGGCUCUAACAAACUGGUGAUUGAAGAAGCUGAACGUUCCAUUCAUGAUGCCCUGUGUGUUAUUCGCUGCUUAGUGAAGAAGAGAGCUCUUAUUGCAGGAGGUGGUGCUCCAGAAAUAGAGUUGGCCCUGCGAUUGACUGAAUAUUCAAGAACACUGAGUGGUAUGGAGUCCUACUGUGUCCGUGCUUUUGCAGAUGCUAUGGAAGUCAUUCCAUCUACACUAGCUGAAAACGCUGGCCUGAAUCCCAUUUCUACAGUAACAGAACUAAGAAACCGGCAUGCUCAAGGAGAAAAAACUACAGGCAUUAAUGUCCGAAAGGGUGGUAUUUCGAACAUUCUGGAGGAAAUGGUUGUCCAGCCUUUGUUGGUUUCAGUCAGUGCUCUGACCCUAGCAACUGAAACUGUCCGGAGCAUUUUGAAAAUUGAUGAUGUGGUAAACACUCGAUAAUCUGAAUACAUUGGCUGGCUGGCUGGCAACAUUAUACUCCCAGUACUACAACUCAAGUAGAAGAUCCCCAUGCUAUUCCUUGUUGUUCAGGAGAUUGUUUGCUCUAUGAAUCCCUGGACUUGGUCUUCCAGUUGGUAUUUGCUUGAAAUUGUAUUGGAACAACUAAAUAUUAAAUAUCUGACUUCAAAAGGUUGUUUGUCCCCCAGUAUUGUAUUUGUGUUACUUUUGAGACCCUGUGUAAGAAAUACUGUGCACAAAGACUGACAUGUUGGCUUUUUAGUGGCUUAAUCAUGUGUCCUUUCUUUAUAUUGUAUUCUGCUAAGUAGAAGAAAAAAAAGGCCCAGUCUACUUACCACUAAUAGAUGCCUAUUAGCAUGAAAAAGGAUAAUAUACAUACAAUUUUAAAAAUUAGCAAUACAGAAAGAUAAAAAGAUUAAGAAAAAGCCUUCCCUCUGCCAUCAUAAUUCCUUUCUCUAAGAAUAACCACUUAUGUUACAUGGGAUCCUUCUACAAGGACAAAAGUGAAUGCUGGGGUAGGGAUAUAGCUUAGUGAUAGUGUUUGCAUAACAUGCAUGAAACUAGAUUGAGUCAUCAAUACUGUACUACUAAAAGUGCCCAUACAUGUAGCAAAUCUUUUUGUACAAAAGGUAUUUUUAACCAGUACAUUUUAUCUCGUCCAGGUGUCAACUCUCACCAUAAACAGUGUAAAAUAAUUCUGCAAGUUGGUUUUUUUUGUUUUGUUUUGUUUUUUUGGUACUGGGGAUCAAAC